AUGGUCACGUCCAAAUCAACACUAACUUCUGAGACUGUUGGGACAACCUCGGUGUCUAAACCAACUAGUCAGACUGACACAUUAACAUCACAACAUUCAGAGACCACAUCAGCACCUGGAACUACAGGUCCCACUGACACUGUAACUUCUGAGCCUGUCGAGACCACAUCAGCACCUCAACCAACUAAUCCCACCGACAAAGCAACUUCUGAGACUUUGGACACAACCUCGGUAACUAAACCAACUAAUCCCACUGACAAAGCAACUUCUGAGACUGUUGACACAACCUCGGUAACUAAACCAACUAAUCCCACUGACAAAGUAACUUCUGAGAAUGUUCAGACAACCUCGGUAUCUGAACCAACUGCUCACACUGACACGUUGACAUCACAACCUACAGAGACCAUUUCCCCACCUCAGCCUACGAGUCCUACAGAUAUAGUAACAUCCGUUCCUGCUGCUACCACCCCACUAUCUGAAUCAACCAGUCCAACCCAUUCAUUGACAUCUGAGCCUAUAGAGACUACUUCAGCACCUCAGCCAACAAUUCCCACUGACAAAGUAACUUCUGAGACUACUGGGAAAACCUCAGUGUCUGAACCAACUAGUAAGACUGGCACAUUAACAUCACAUCCUGCAGAAACCACACUGACACCUGAAACUGCAGGUCCCACUGACACAGCAACUUCUGACACUGUAGAGACAACCUCGAUAUCUGAACCAACUAGUCAGACUGACACAUUAACGUCACAUCCUGCAGAAACCACAUCAGCACCUGCAACUACAGGUCCCACUGACACAGCAACUUCUGAGCCUGUAGAGACCACAUCAGCAUCUCAACUAACUCAUCCCACUGAUAAAGUAACUUCUUGGACUGUUGAGACAACCUCUGUAUCUGAACCAACUCCUCACACUGGCACAUUGACAUCACAACAUUCAGAGACCACAUCAGCACCUGGAACUACAGGUCCCACUGACACUGUAACUUCUGAGCCUGUCGAGACCACAUCAGCACCUCAACCAACUAAUCCCACUGACAAAGCAACUUCUGAGACUGUUGACACAACCUCG